GCUCGCCCGGUGUCUCCCUCUCGCUGCCUCUGCAGAAACAGCGCCUGCCAGAACGGCGCUCGGCGCGGCGCGGCCCGGAGCGGCGGCGCCUCUUCCUGCUCUUCGCCGCCGCCGGAGUUGCCGGAGCCCGGGGACCGAAAAGAGCCGGGAAGGGACCUCGGGGGAGGACUGGCCUCGAGCUGGCAGAGACGUCGGAGCUCCCACCGCCGGCUGGCCCGGGCGGACCCUCCUCUCUGGGGGUCCAUCGCUCCCCCCGCACCCCCCUCCGCUCCCCUCCUUUCCGCCUCUUCUCGCUCUGCCUCUUCCGAUUGAUUUUUCUUUCUUUCCUUUUUUUUUUUUCCUCCCCCCCCCCCUUCUUCUUCUUCUUCCCAAAUGGUGUAGCCGCCAGAGGUGCGGUGCUAAAUUCUUGGAAGGGGCCCGGAUGUACUGAGGAUGCAUUACAAUUUCACUAGAGGAGGCAGUAGUGGCAAGCAUCAGUUUUUGGUGUUUGAUGCAAUAAUGGGAAUCAGGUAAUCCUCCGAAGAGAAGAAGAAAUACCGCAGCUCUCCGGCUUCCUCGAAUUGGGCACGAAAGCCGCCGACCUCGGAGGAGGGAUUCAUCCAGACCCGCUCGUUAUUUUAUUAUUCUUAUUCAAACAUUGCUUCCUCUGUGGCUUUUUUUUUUUUAAAAAAAAAACAAACAUUCUCCCCCCCACCUCUUGGUCCAUGGUCAAUGAAAACACGAGGAUGUACAUUCCAGAGGAAAACCAUCAAGGUUCCAACUAUGGGAGCCCGCGCCCAGCUCAUGCCAACAUGAAUGCCAACGCCGCUGCGGGGCUCGCCCCUGAGCACAUCCCCACCCCAGGGGCAGCCCUGUCCUGGCAGGCAGCCAUCGAUGCAGCCAGGCAGGCCAAGCUGAUGGGCAGCGCCGGCAACGCCACCAUCUCUACGGUCAGCUCUACGCAACGCAAGCGGCAGCAGUACGGGAAACCCAAGAAGCAGGGCAGCACCACCGCCACACGCCCGCCGCGGGCCCUGCUCUGCCUGACGCUGAAGAACCCCAUCCGGAGGGCGUGCAUCAGCAUUGUAGAAUGGAAACCAUUUGAAAUCAUUAUUUUACUGACUAUUUUUGCCAAUUGUGUGGCCUUAGCAAUCUAUAUUCCCUUUCCAGAAGAUGACUCCAACGCCACCAAUUCCAACCUGGAACGAGUGGAAUAUCUCUUUCUCAUCAUUUUUACUGUGGAAGCAUUUUUAAAAGUCAUAGCCUAUGGACUUCUCUUUCACCCCAACGCUUACCUCCGCAAUGGCUGGAAUCUACUAGACUUUAUAAUUGUGGUUGUAGGGCUUUUUAGUGCAAUUUUAGAGCAAGCAACCAAAGCAGACGGGGCCAACGCUCUAGGAGGGAAAGGGGCUGGAUUUGACGUGAAGGCGCUGAGGGCUUUCCGUGUGCUGCGCCCCCUACGGCUGGUGUCCGGUGUGCCAAGUCUCCAGGUGGUUCUGAAUUCUAUUAUCAAGGCCAUGGUGCCCCUCCUGCAUAUUGCCCUGCUUGUGCUCUUUGUCAUCAUCAUCUAUGCUAUCAUCGGCCUGGAGCUCUUUAUGGGAAAGAUGCAUAAGACGUGCUACAACCUGGAGGGCAUAGCAGAUGUUCCAGCAGAAGAUGAUCCCUCCCCUUGUGCUCUGGAGUCAGGCCACGGGCGGCAGUGCCAAAAUGGCACUGUAUGUAAGCCCGGGUGGGAUGGGCCCAAACACGGCAUCACCAACUUUGACAAUUUUGCCUUCGCCAUGUUGACCGUAUUCCAGUGCAUCACCAUGGAAGGCUGGACUGACGUGCUGUACUGGAUGCAGGACGCUAUGGGCUAUGAGUUACCCUGGGUGUAUUUUGUCAGUCUGGUCAUCUUUGGAUCCUUUUUCGUUCUAAAUCUGGUUCUCGGUGUGUUGAGCGGAGAGUUUUCCAAAGAGAGGGAGAAAGCCAAGGCUCGGGGAGAUUUCCAAAAGCUUCGAGAGAAGCAGCAGCUGGAAGAGGACCUCAAGGGCUACCUGGACUGGAUCACUCAGGCAGAAGACAUCGACCCUGAGAAUGAAGAUGAAGGCAUGGAUGAGGAGAAACCCCGAAACAUGAGCAUGCCCACAAGUGAGACGGAAUCGGUCAACACUGAGAAUGUGGCUGGAGGUGACAUCGAGGGAGAAAACUGUGGGGCCAGGCUGGCUCACCGAAUCUCGAAAUCCAAGUUCAGUCGUUACUGGCGCCGGUGGAAUCGGUUCUGCAGAAGAAAGUGUCGGGCCGCUGUCAAGUCAAAUGUCUUCUACUGGCUCGUGAUUUUCCUGGUGUUUCUGAACACACUUACUAUUGCCUCAGAACAUUACAACCAACCCCACUGGCUCACGGAAGUCCAAGACACUGCCAAUAAGGCGUUAUUGGCCCUUUUCACUGCGGAGAUGCUACUGAAGAUGUACAGCCUGGGCCUGCAGGCCUAUUUUGUGUCCCUCUUCAACCGCUUCGACUGCUUCAUUGUGUGUGGGGGCAUCCUGGAGACCAUCCUGGUGGAGACCAAGAUCAUGUCCCCUUUGGGCAUCUCUGUGCUGAGAUGUGUCCGGCUACUGAGGAUAUUUAAAAUCACAAGGUACUGGAAUUCCUUGAGCAACCUGGUGGCAUCAUUGCUGAAUUCUGUGCGCUCCAUUGCCUCCCUGCUGCUGCUUCUCUUCCUCUUCAUCAUCAUCUUCUCCCUCCUGGGGAUGCAGCUCUUUGGAGGAAAGUUCAACUUUGAUGAGAUGCAGACCCGGAGGAGCACAUUUGAUAACUUUCCUCAGUCCCUCCUCACCGUGUUUCAGAUCCUGACCGGGGAGGACUGGAAUUCGGUGAUGUAUGAUGGGAUCAUGGCUUAUGGCGGCCCCUCUUUUCCAGGGAUGUUAGUCUGUAUUUACUUCAUCAUCCUCUUCAUCUGUGGAAAUUAUAUCCUACUGAACGUGUUCUUGGCCAUUGCUGUGGACAACCUAGCCGAUGCCGAGAGCCUCACAUCAGCCCAAAAGGAGGAGGAAGAAGAGAAGGAGAGGAAGAAGCUGGCCAGACCGGCCAGGACCACCAGCCCAGAAAAGAAACAAGAGGUGGUGGAGAAGGCAGCAGUUGAUGAGACCAAGGAGGAGAAAAUUGAACUGAAAUCCAUUACGGCUGAUGGAGAAUCUCCCCCAACUACAAAGAUUAACAUGGAUGACCUCCAGCCCAAUGAAAAUGAGGAUAAGAGCCCCUACUCCAACCCAGAAGCCACAGGAGAGGAAGAUGAAGAGGAGCCUGAAAUGCCUGUGGGCCCCCGCCCACGCCCCCUCUCUGAGCUGCACCUCAAGGAAAAGGCUGUACCUAUGCCAGAAGCCAGUGCGUUUUUCAUCUUUAGCCCCAGCAACAGGUUUCGCGUCCAGUGCCACCGCAUCGUCAACGACACAAUCUUCACCAACUUGAUACUCUUCUUCAUCCUGCUCAGCAGCAUUUCCCUGGCUGCUGAGGACCCUGUCCAGCAAAGCUCCUUCAGGAACUACAUCCUAGGCAAUGCAGACUAUGUCUUCACCAGUAUCUUUACAUUAGAAAUUAUCCUUAAGAUGACGGCUUAUGGGGCUUUCCUGCACAAGGGCUCAUUUUGCCGGAACUACUUUAACAUCUUGGAUCUGCUCGUGGUCAGCGUGUCCCUCAUCUCCUUUGGCAUCCAGUCCAGUGCAAUCAAUGUUGUGAAGAUCUUGAGAGUUCUGAGGGUGCUCAGGCCCUUGCGGGCCAUCAACAGGGCCAAGGGACUAAAGCAUGUGGUUCAGUGUGUGUUUGUUGCCAUCCGGACCAUCGGAAACAUUGUGAUUGUCACCACACUGCUGCAGUUCAUGUUUGCCUGCAUCGGGGUCCAGCUCUUCAAGGGAAAGCUCUACACCUGUUCAGAUAGUUCCAAACAGACUGAGGCAGAAUGCAAGGGAAACUAUAUCACAUAUAAAGAUGGGGAAGUUGACCACCCGAUCAUUCAGCCCCGCAGCUGGGAGAACAGCAAGUUUGACUUUGACAAUGUUCUGGCUGCCAUGAUGGCCCUGUUUACUGUCUCCACCUUUGAAGGGUGGCCAGAGCUGUUGUACCGCUCCAUUGACUCCCACACCGAAGACAAAGGUCCCAUCUAUAACUACCGCGUGGAGAUCUCCAUCUUUUUCAUCAUCUACAUAAUCAUCAUUGCCUUCUUCAUGAUGAACAUCUUCGUCGGUUUCGUCAUCGUCACCUUCCAGGAGCAGGGGGAGCAGGAAUACAAGAACUGUGAGCUGGACAAGAACCAGCGACAGUGUGUGGAAUAUGCCCUUAAGGCUCGGCCCCUGCGGAGGUACAUCCCCAAGAACCAACACCAGUACAAAGUGUGGUAUGUUGUCAACUCCACCUACUUUGAGUACCUGAUGUUUGUCCUCAUCCUGCUCAACACCAUCUGCUUGGCCAUGCAGCACUACGGUCAGAGCUGUCUGUUCAAAAUCGCCAUGAAUAUCCUCAACAUGCUUUUCACUGGCCUCUUCACCGUGGAGAUGAUUCUGAAGCUCAUUGCCUUCAAACCCAAGGGUUACUUUAGUGAUCCCUGGAAUGUUUUUGACUUCCUCAUCGUAAUUGGCAGCAUAAUUGACGUCAUUCUCAGUGAAACGAAUCACUAUUUCUGUGAUGCAUGGAAUACAUUUGACGCCUUGAUUGUUGUGGGUAGCAUUGUUGAUAUAGCAAUCACCGAGGUAAACCCAACUGAACAUACCCAAUGCUCUCCCUUUAUGAACGCAGAGGAGAACUCCCGCAUCUCCAUCACCUUCUUCCGCCUCUUCCGGGUCAUGCGCCUGGUCAAGCUUCUGAGCCGCGGGGAAGGCAUCCGGACGCUGCUGUGGACCUUCAUCAAGUCCUUCCAGGCCCUGCCCUAUGUGGCUCUUCUGAUUGUGAUGCUGUUUUUCAUCUACGCUGUGAUUGGCAUGCAGGUGUUUGGAAAAAUCGCCCUGAAUGACACCACAGAGAUCAACCGGAACAACAACUUUCAGACCUUUCCCCAAGCCGUGCUGCUGCUCUUCAGAUGCGCAACGGGAGAGGCUUGGCAGGACAUCAUGCUGGCCUGCAUGCCAGGGAAGAAGUGUGCCCCGGAGUCGGAGCCCGGCAACAGCACUGAAGGGGAGACACCCUGCGGCAGCAGCUUCGCAGUCUUCUACUUCAUCAGCUUCUAUAUGCUCUGUGCCUUCCUGAUCAUCAAUCUCUUUGUAGCUGUUAUAAUGGACAACUUUGACUACCUAACAAGAGACUGGUCAAUCCUUGGGCCCCACCAUCUGGAUGAAUUUAAAAGAAUCUGGGCAGAAUAUGACCCUGAAGCCAAGGGUCGUAUCAAACACCUAGAUGUGGUUACUCUUCUCCGGCGGAUUCAGCCCCCACUGGGUUUUGGGAAGCUGUGCCCUCACCGCGUGGCUUGCAAACGCCUGGUCUCCAUGAACAUGCCUCUGAAUAGUGAUGGGACAGUCAUGUUCAAUGCUACCCUAUUUGCGUUGGUCCGGACAGCCCUGAGGAUCAAAACAGAAGGGAACCUAGAACAAGCCAAUGAGGAGUUGCGGGCCAUAAUCAAGAAGAUCUGGAAGCGAACCAGCAUGAAACUGCUGGACCAAGUGGUGCCCCCGGCAGGUGAUGAUGAGGUCACAGUUGGCAAGUUUUAUGCUACCUUCUUGAUCCAAGAGUACUUCCGGAAAUUCAAGAAACGCAAAGAGCAAGGCCUUGUGGGAAAGCCCUCCCAGAGGAACGCCCUAUCCCUGCAGGCUGGCUUACGUACACUGCAUGACAUUGGACCCGAGAUCCGACGGGCCAUCUCUGGAGACCUCACAGCGGAAGAGGAGUUGGACAAGGCCAUGAAGGAGGCUGUGUCUGCUGCCUCUGAAGACGACAUCUUCAGGAGGGCUGGUGGCUUGUUCGGCAACCACGUCAGCUACUACCAAAGCGACAGCCGGGGCGCUUUCCCCCAGACCUUCACCACCCAGCGCCCGCUGCACAUCAACAAGGCGGGGAACACCCAGGGGGACACGGAGUCGCCGUCCCACGAGAAAUUGGUGGACUCCACUUUCACUCCAAGCAGCUACUCAUCCACCGGCUCCAAUGCCAACAUCAACAACGCCAACAACACUGCACUGGGCCGCGUUCCCCGCCCCGCAGGCUACCCCGGCAUGCUCAGCACUGUGGAAGGCCAUGGACCCUCCUGGUCGCCUGCCAUCCGGGUGCCGGAGGCAGCAUGGAAGCUCAGCUCCAAGAGGUACCACUCCCGGGAGAGCCAGAUAGCCAUGGUGUGUCAGGAGGAGGUGACUCGGGAUGACACCUACGAUGUGAAGAGGAGGGAGAAUGCAGAGGAGUACUGCAGUGAGCCCAGCCUGCUCUCUACAGAGAUGCUGUCCUAUCAAGAUGAUGAAAACCGACAACUGACACCCCCCGAGGAGGACAAGCGGGACAUCCGGCAGUCUCCAAAGAGGGGUUUCCUCCGUUCUGCCUCCCUAGGUCGGAGGGCCUCUUUCCACCUGGAAUGCCUGAAGCGACAGAAGAAUCAAGGGGGAGACAUCUCUCAAAAGACAGUCUUGCCCUUGCACUUGGUCCAUCAUCAGGCGCUGGCAGUGGCAGGCCUGAGCCCCCUCCUCCAGAGAAGCCAUCCCCCCUCCUCAUUCCCCAGGCCCUGUGCCACCCCUCCUGCCACCCCUGGAAGCCGAGGAUGGCCCCCACAGCCCAUCCCCACCUUGCGACUGGAGGGGGCCGAGUCCACUGAGAAACUCAACAGCAGCUUCCCGUCCAUCCACUGCAGCUCCUGGGCUGAGGAGCCUGCUCCCUGCAGUGGGGGCAGCAGCACCAUCCGGAGAACCCGGCCUGUGUCCCUCACUGUGCCCAGCCCGGCCGGGGCCCCGGGAAGGCAGUUCCAUGGCAGCGCCAGCAGUCUGGUUGAAGCGGUUUUGAUUUCAGAAGGACUGGGGCAAUUUGCUCAAGAUCCCAAAUUUAUCGAGGUGACAACCCAAGAGUUGGCUUACGCCUGCGACAUGACAAUAGAGGAGAUGGAGAAUGCGGCUGACAACAUCCUCAGCGGGGGCGCCCAGCAGAGCCCCAACGGCACCCUGCUACCUUUUGUUAACUGCAGGGACCCCGGGCAGGACGGAGCAGAGGGCGGGGAGGGCGAGCCCCACGUGCCCGGCCUGGAGUGUCGCAAGAGUGAGGAGGAAUACCAGGACAGCAGAGCCUACAUCAGCAGCCUGUAGUAGCCAGGGCUGGGCAGAUGCUGGGAUUUUUAUUUGUUUCAAUGUUCCUAAUGGGUUCGUUUCAGAAGUGCCUCACUGUUCUCGUGACCUGGAGUUAACCGGAACAGCGUCUUCAUUCAUUUCGUUGGGACAAGACGCAGAGUUGGGUGGUGCGGAGAGUCAGCUUUUCAGGGGGUGAGGAAAGCCGCGACCCCAGUGUGGCCCACGGAGGUAGAGUGGUGAGGAGGAGGAGGUGGAAGAGCCGGGGAGGGUGAGCCCAGGAGAAACGUGCGCCCUCCCGCUCCACGCCAGGCCCCCCGCGCGGGAGCCCGCCGUCGCCUCGGUGCGCGGGAGCACCUCAACGCAUAUGGUAGCCCUCACCCAAAGGACCCAAUGCCAAACGGGUGUCUUUCAACUUUGCUUGUUUAAAAAAAAUGUCAUUUUGCACAUAAUCUGUAUGAGCCUCACUGUCUCCAUAGAGCCAGGGCCCUGUGGAUUUGCAGAGGGAAGUGGGGGCAGGACUACUCCAGGGAGGACCCAGCCCGGCCCGGCAGGGAGCCGGGUGAGGGGCUGCACACAGGCUUCCAGCUCCACCACUCGCGUCGGGGUCACCGUCCCUGCACUGGUCACGCUGGGCCCGGGCUUGCAUCCGGGAAGUUGGCUCUGCACUCCAGGGAGCGCGGGCAGCCAGCUCUUGACAAAACCAGGUGGUGCUGAGCUUCCAUUGAGCGAGCGCUCUUGGGUUUGGUGGUCUGACAUUUUUCUUGAUUGCAUGUUGCUGUUUUGGGUUUUUUUUUUGUUUUGUUUUUCAUCUGUUUUCCAGGGGAGGGAAGGAAGAAGUGUGUUUACAAAGUUCUGUUGCCGCCCACCUUACUGUUUUCACUUUUGCAAAUGUAAAUCAGGUUUGGUUUUAUUGUAUUAUUUAAAUCUUUCUUUCUUUCCUUUCUUUCUGCAUCAGUUUCAAUAGAGCUGCUGUAGGAGAGUUUUGCCCACCAUUGUGUAUGCCCAAUAAUUUGAUAUUAUUUUCUUAGGUAGUAACAAUAACAAACAUUUUGGGGGGUUUGGUUUGGUUUUGGAAGACGAAGAUCAGCAUCAGUGCUCCUUCAAUGGUCAUGUAUGUCGGGGAUUGAGUUGGGUUCUUUUUAAUGUUGGGUGUAAUGGUGGGUGCUAAGAGGAAUCAAGUGUCUGUGAGUGAGUGUGGUGAGGUGCCUGUGUUUGAUAUGUGUGUGUGUAGCCACACAGUGCACCCAUGCACAGUACACACCUCCCCUCUCUGGGUGAAUUUGGGGGAGAUAGGAAUAUGGGGCCAUCUGAAAGCAAAAACAAACCACUGUCUCUGCUUCUGAAACAGGAAUCAAUAAUUCUUUGCAUUUUCUGUCCCACAAGAUAUGCAAAAACAAUGCAAUAAUAUUCAUUUAAAAAUACAAUUGUGAGUUGUGUUGGCAUUAAAACUGUAUUUAAAAACACACACAGAGAAAUUUAAAGAAAAAUCUCAAGAAGGCAGUUUGCUUCGAUUUAUUCCGUGUAAUGUUUUAUUGCAUUGAUAAUGUUUCUGUUGAAGAAACUGUUAUACUUGAAUUCAGGUCAGUUUCAGUAUUUUACAAAUAUUUUUUUAAAACUGAAUUGCGAUUGUGCCAAGCGAAUAAUAAUGAAUCGAAUUAAGUUUGUUUUUGAAGUCACUUCUUGUAUAUUUUGCUGCAUGUAAGUAAAUCAUUUUGUAUUUGGAGUGUGACAAGCUUUACCUUUGAACUCUGAAGUGCUUUUCUACAUGUGGUUGGGGGAAAGGGAACAUUUUUCCUCUUGUACAAUGAGCAAAGGUAUCACCAGUGUAAAUCAUUAUCCUGCUACCCACAAACAGGUUCGGACCUUACUGUUUUGCAUAUCUUGUGUUCUUUUCCAUUUCCCUUGGGUUUUACAAAGCUCCACGAUAAGUUUUUUUUGACGCUUCCUAAUGUUUUGAGAGAUUGAAACAUGCCUCUCACUGUUUACACUCUGUCCAACUGGCUCCCAUCUGAGUUGGAACCUCUCUCAUCAGAGCCCUUCACUAUGAGUUUUGAGGCAUGGGAGCAACUUCCUUCACCACUCACCACCCUCGGCAUGCCCUACAGAGGAGGCAGUUGACUUCGCUGUUCACUCCCACAGUACACAUGUUUCUCAGUCGUUUUCACAGGAAAGUGUGAUUGAAUGAGAGGCUGUCUUUAGAACCGGGCUGAUGUAGAGAGAAAAAGGAAUCCUGACGUCUGGCAACAGCUUUCCCCAAUAUUAGACAAUCAAGCAAAAUAUGAAUCCAUCAAAAGUCAACCUGUCCCUUCUCCAUCCUUUCUUGCAACCUCUGCAGACCCCAAAAUUGUGGCAGCCCCAGAGCAGACAAGCUAAGAUGCAUCAGGAGUGAGCAGAGGUGGUGGCAACCGUUACAUGGUAGGCUUUUUAGUGUCAACCUGAAACCUGACCAUAUAGGUGCUGUAGGCUUCUGGUUGAUUGCAGAAAUGUGACCCAAAAAGCACUGGUCUGGGGAGAAAUGGGAUCUAAUCAUCCAUCCAGAAUGGAUUCAUUAAAUCUCCUUUCGUCCCAGACUUCUGUCAGCCCUCCUUGGCACUUAGAUGAACAACCUAGAAACUAAAGUUCCUCAAAGAGAGAUGAGUUUUCCUUUUAAGGACUGACACCCAAAGGUGGAUAAGUGUGCUGAAUACACGCAGGCUAAAUUGUAGUCCAGUGACAGAGGAGUUUCUUCAUGUUUCCCUAAACCUCACACAUUCAGAUGUUCUUGGUUCCUUACAGAGCCAUCAAGAUCUUCUAGAAAUUUAGUUUAGAUGGUAUCCUUCAUCGGGUUCUCAAAUUGCCACCAUGUGUCUGAGAUUUUUAUCAGAAAAGGAACUCCCUUUUGGGUUGGAAACUGGUUCUUGCUGCACAUUGUCUUUUGGACAGAAAUUUGGAAUCAAAAUGAAAUACACACACACUUUUCAUAUUGCUCUUGUUUUCCCUUUAGAUAUUUCACCUGCUUGCAAAAAUCUCACUGGCAAGUGACAUAGGCUCAUGCCAGCAACUUCCCAAGUGUGACCAACAAACUAUCACCUUACCUGCUACUAUUCACACAUACAGACACCUUCUUCAUGGUUAAUAUUGUCAAGCCUUCCUACUGGUACCCUACAGAAACUGCAUCUGCCAUGACAAAGGCACUUUGUUUUGCACUGCUGUGAGUAAAGGAGCUCAGACAGGAUUUCCCUGUCUAAGGUGAUGGGUCAGUCAUAGCUUGCCUCAUUAUUGAGAUACUAUGGGGACAGACUAGUAAAUCCACGGUAAAGUCAAUUAUACUCAUUCACAAUAUACUAAGUGAUACUUUAUACAAACAAACUAAAAUAAUACUUUCCCCAUGACCUUAUAACAUAUAAUGAUUAAAUCUAAAAAGUCCUGAGUGGAGGAGAAAAGUAACCAGUGGCUAAGGACCAGAGGAACUGGAACAGUUUAAGUUUAUACUCAGAAACCUGAGUUUUAUUGUCCUCUGGGCUAUAUUUUUGGAUUUUCACAUUUUUAUCUCUUAAUAAUUAUUUAUGCGCAUAGUUGCUUUGAGCAGAGAGACUUCAAUCGUCUCUUUCUUUCCCUCAGUUUUUGAGGAUUUUUUAAAAGGUGACUUCUACUCAGAUUUUUUUUACUUGACUCAUUGAUUUCUCUCUGCCUUGCAUCAGAAACUCUUCCUUCAUUUUCUUAAUCGGUUGGAUUCAAGUUAGACUGGGAAAUCCAAAAUAAUAAUGCUGUUUCUUUAUCUUUGUUGUUCCUCUGUAUUCCCAGUUCCACAUUUUAGGGGUCUGUCUGGAGAAAAUAUGUCUGCUACUUUCUCACAACCAUUCUUCUGCGAGAAUUAGUUAAUCAUUUAACUAAAGAUAGGCAAUUGUGAAUGUACCUUCCAAUGCAACUACAGUAACUUUGUAGGAAAUAAAAUCACCUUGAAAAUGAGAAUUUUCAUUAGAAGGAUAAUUAUUGAUUUCUAUAGUAUUUUUUUUCUGGACAGUUGCCUUCUAAUAAAUAAGGUCAGAAGGAUCUAGAAAUAUGGCAAGAACUGAGGUUGGUAAUUAGGGCAUAUAGUCAAGACUCACUUAGAAGAGUGAUGACAUCCCUGUCUCUAGAGACAGAGAACAAUUGGAUAUCAUUGUCUAAGGAAUAGCUUAGCUAAUGCUACAAGAAAAGGGCAAUCUGCUUCCCCAAACACACACACCCAAACCCCAGUCUCAUCAAGUAUGUUUUUAUAGAUCCUAAGCCAAUUCUGGUUUAGCUUAUUUAUUUGCUGGCAGACCUACAAUUUUGUACAUGCAACAUACGGGCUCUACUUUUUCCAAGAAAGCAUUGCCUUGUCUGUCAGCUCAGAUUGAAUGGAAAGGGAAAUUGAGACCCCCUAAAAGGGCAUCUUUGAUAUCCCUGUGGAAAGAAGGGUGCAGUUCAACGAUUUCAAAGACCGAUUUCAGCAGGUGCCAAAAUGAUACUGUAGUGUGUAAGGCACUUAUUUGAAUGUAGCUGAGCCAAUUUAAUCCCUGGCAUCAAAUAUUGUCCCCCAAGUACCACCAGGAGUGAUCUCUGAACACAGCCAGAAAUAAGUCCUGAGCAGCACCAGUGUAGACACCACACAAACAAACAAACAAAAACCCAAACAAAACAGAUCUACUUCAGAGUAGGAGAAAAAGAAAUGUUGAUUUGACCUUGUUUUCUCAUCCAAGUCAACCUUUAUCUAACUGUAGAGGUGUCUGUCACCCCUGUCUCCUCUCUUCUCUCUGUGUCUUCCCUUGUGUGCCACCUGAGACAGGCUCCAGUCAGAGGGCAAAAGAGGAGGUUGUUAUCUCUCUCAAGAGAAGCUCGGUCAUCUAGGCCAGGAGCUCUGGCAGCAGUUAGUGAUGAAACAGAAUGGAGAGGGGAAGGGAGGCUGUAUCCUACAACUUUGGAGAUGGCCUCUUUCCCUGACCCAGGUUUUCCUUAUCCCCACAGUCCAGUGAAAGGGAUGAAGAAUUGAAAGAAUCCCACAUACUUUCCUCACGAAACCAAUUCCAGCUUUCAUGUUACUUAUUUUUAUUGAAAAACAAUGAAUAGUCAGGAACCAAUAAAUAACAACCUUCUUUCAUGUUUCCAAAUUUUGGGGAGACAUUUGGAUACCACAUAUGCACACAUAUAAACACUCUCAAACACACUACAUGUGUAUCUACACACACAAUUGCUCAUUCAUGAGGAAACUCUUCACUAAGAGUAUGAUAAGAAAAAUACUCUGAGUGAAAAAUGUUACAGGAAUAGGGAAAAUAAUUUCUAUAUGAGGAAGUACAGAAAUGUCCAGAAUGGCUUCUGUUCACAACUGGCUUGGAGAACUCUUGUUUGUGGAGCCUUUCAGGCUGUCAGGAGGGGAGUGGGGAUGAAAUCAGGAGGCUCCAGGCUCAGCAGAAGAUCAUUGUCCAGGGAGCCCAAGGGUCCAGUUUCAGACUCCUGGCAUAAAGUGUGUCCUGAGCCUGCAGCCAGUAGGGGAAGAGAAGAGAGGUUUCUUUUCUUAAUGCCACAUGAGAAAUAUUAGAGGAUAGUUCACCAGGCUCUGUACCAAACCCCACCCCCCGCGAAAAAUAAUUCCCAACAUGGAAAAACCACAAUGAGCUUUAAAGGGAAAAAGCAACAUGAAGCAUGAAAAGCAGAUGGUUUAUCAACAAGCACUGCUGUGCAAAGGGCUGCUUCAGAAAACAAGCCAAUGACCACGCUAGGGGCCACCUUUCUGCUUGUCUUCACUCCCUAGCCAUGCAGCUAGCUGCUUUCCAUUGCCCCACACUUGGGUCUGUCGCUUGACUUUGCAGUUAGAUUAGACAUCGCCUCUAGCUGUUUUCUGCCACCCAGACACCGUGGUUCUCCCAGAGACUUGUUGAAAUGAGGUUAUGAGGUUUAGUAUGGAAAAGGCUGGAAGGCCAAACCAUGAACAAGUUUGGACAGGAUUGUGAAGGAGCAGUUGAGAGGAACCUGUGAAAAACACACAGGCUAUUAAGAAAUAGGGGAGCAGGUCACUGGCCAGGAAAGUAUUGGGAUGCCUGUUAGACUCACAUUUUUUUCUGUUUCAUUUCAAUAUACCAGAACUACCCUCUAAGCAAGACUUACCUCCAAGUAAGUGGCUCCAGAUAAAGUCCCUCUAUCUCUCCUCGGCCCACCUCCUCCUCUCAGGCUCACCGCCACACUCCAAACCAAUCUAUAUCACACGUGUUCCCAGAGAGAUGCGGAAUGACAGACCAGGCCUCUGUUGUCACCCCAAUGCCUGCACCGUGCCCCCCACACUGAACCCUCCUACCGUCCCCUCCAGGCUCCACGACUUCACAGUCUUACUGUUGUAGAUAUUGUUGUACAGUUUGUAAUCAUCCAAUAAUCUGUGGUCAAAGGCCUUGCCUGCUAUGCCUUCUCACUCUUGAGAAAGGCCAGGGAAUCUAGAAGGGGCAACCUUUCAAGAAGAGCUUCAGGGUCAUCUCUGUGUGAGACGCUAUGUAUAUUCCUGUAAGAUUGCAUUUUUAUCUAAGGAAUGAUGUUAUUUAAAAAACAAACAAAAAAAACAAAAAAUAAGAAUUGCAAAUAAAUUUCUUAACAAUGUC